AUGGUGAAGUUCCUGCUGCUUGCUUUUGCAUUAAGUGUGUCCUGUGCACAUCAUAAGAUUCCUGAAAUCAGUCCCUCAGAGGUUGAUGGGAAGUGGCGCACCCUAUACAUAGGUGCAGAUAAUACGGAGAAGGUAAUCCAAGGUGGACCUUUGAGAGCUUACUUCCGGCACAUGGAAUGCAGUGAUGAAUGCCAGACACUCACAAUCACAUUCAAUACCAAGGAGGAAGGCAAGUGCCAGACACACACAGUUGUAGGAAGAAAAGACGAAGAUGGGCAGUACAAGACAGGCUUCUCUGGUAACAAUGAUUUCCACGUUGUAGAGAAAGCAGAUGGCAUCAUCAUCUUUCACAACGUCAAUGUCGACAGCAGUGGAAAGAAGACAAAUGUGAUUUUAGUUGCUGGAAAAGGAAAGAGUCUGAGCAAAGAACAGAAAGAGAGGCUUGAGAACAUAGCCAAGGAGUUCGAUAUUUCAAAGGAGAAUAUUCAGCACUUGGUGCCCACAGCCAUCAUCAGAGACUUCCUCAGGCAGCAGCUGAGAACAGAUGCAGGGACUCUCAGCUAA